AUGGGGUCUCCAGCGAAAUACUUGUCUGUGCACGAAACCCAGUCCGUUCCUUUUUUUGUCGGAGAGAUAAUGUGGAACACGUCCGAAUCGGCGGAAAAAACAGACGGCAAAAAGGAAUUGGUAGUUCGCACGGUGACUGGUUGUUUGCUUUCUCUUCUCAUCUUAUGGACUCUAUUGGGAAACAUCAUGGUAUGCUCCGCGGUUCUCAAGUUUAGGCACUUGCGAACUAAAGUGACAAACAUUUUCAUUGUGUCUCUGGCUGUUUCUGAUCUGUUCGUUGCUGUGCUAGUCAUGCCCUGGAAAGCAGUGGCUGAGGUUGCGGGAUAUUGGCCAUUCGGACCCUUCUGUAACAUCUGGGUGGCUUUCGACAUUAUGUGUUCCACGGCUUCCAUCCUAAAUCUCUGCGUCAUAAGCGUGGAUAGGUACUGGGCCAUAUCUAGUCCGUUCCGAUAUGAGAGAAAAAUGACUCAAAGAGUGGCCUUUGUAAUGAUUAGUGUGACUUGGACGUUGUCUGUACUUAUUUCGUUCAUACCAGUGCAGCUGAACUGGCAUAAAGCCAGCGACGAGGAGGUCGGGAUGAAUGGCACCUCUUUUGGGGAAAUAUCUGAAAACUGCGACUCCAGUCUCAACAGAGAAUACGCCAUAUCUUCUUCUUUGAUAAGUUUCUAUAUUCCCGUAGCAAUUAUGAUUGUGACCUACACAAGAAUAUACAGGAUUGCACAAAUUCAGAUACGGAGGAUAUCUUCUUUAGAGCGCGCGGCGGAGCACGCGCAAAGUUGCAGGACAAACAGACUCGAGUGCCAACACCACAAUACCUUGAAAACGUCUAUUAAAAGGGAAACCAAAGUCUUUAAAACUUUAUCUGUGAUCAUGGGCGUUUUUGUCUUCUGCUGGUUGCCCUUCUUUAUUCUAAAUUGCAUAGUCCCAUUUUGUGACAAGCCACCGACAGACCACACAGCCGGACUUCCUUGCGUGAGUGAAACAACUUUUGACGUGUUCGUUUGGUUUGGAUGGGCAAAUUCCUCUCUAAAUCCAAUUAUAUACGCGUUCAACGCCGACUUUAGAAAAGCCUUUGCCAGCCUUCUAGGGUGUCGUAAUUUCUGCUCGACAACACCAGUUGAAACUGUGAACAUAAGCAACGAGCUUGUCUCUUAUAACCAAGACACACUAUUUCAUAAAGAAAUCGUUACCGCGUACGUGAACAUGAUUCCAAACGUGGUGGACUGCACCGACGACAACGAGGACACCUUUGACAGGAUAUCACAAUUUUCUCAUAACAAUGAAAUUGCAACCGACUCAGUUUGUGACUUGGACGACUGCGAGGCAGAUAUUUGCUUGGAUAGACUCGCGCCGUUCACCCCUAAUGGUUUACAUUAGCUCAUUUGUCUAAAAAUCAAUGCAAACAGAUGAUGUAUUGCUCUAAUCAGAUAUUUAAACUGUGUUGUCGUUAUUACAUACAGUGACGUUGUUAUAUUGUGACAGUAGGCAGGACAUUAUGUGUAUUUAUCUGUUGAAAUGGUAUGGUCAUAUGCUUUUAAAAGUGUUGCUUAAUCGCUAACAACUCUAUCAUGCUUUAUAUUAUUUAUUACACGUCGUGUCCAAAUCCACGGGGACAGAAAAUCAUUACAGUACAUUCAUUAGGUUAAUUGUAUUCUGAACAUGCGUGACUGAAAUGAAUACGAUGAAUGACAGAAAGUUAGUUGCCUUUGUUCAAUAGGGUUAACUACCGACAGAGGCAGCAAGACUUGUUUUAGUUUCAGAUAAUAGGGAAAUUCUUAUGGCAAGCCCAUCAUG